AUGGAAGGUAAAAUACUCAACCAGGAAACCAUUGUUGAACACAAUCUGGCCAAUGAACAAAUUGCUAAUUUAAAAUCAAAACGCAAAUACGAUAUAAUUGUUUUUGGCGCCUCAGGAUUCACUGGACAAUUUGUUGUUAUGGAAAUGGGUCGCUUUUCUCAAAUCUACAAUUUGACUUGGGCUAUUGCUGGGCGUAACACUGAUAAAUUACAAGAUGUAUUAGAUAAAUUGUAUAAAACUAAUGAUGGUUAUGAAGAUAAUAAAAUUGAUAUUAUUUAUGCCGAUGUACAAGAUAUUAAAACUAUAAUGAGAAUGUCUCAAACAACUUCCGUGGUUAUAAAUUGUACUGGACCGUACUAUAUCUAUGGAGAAGUUGUAGUCAAAUCUUGUGUUUUGACAUCUACUCAUUAUGUAGAUGUAACUGGUGAAUCAUUAUUUAUGGAGAAAAUGGCAUAUAUUUAUAAUAGACAAGCUGAAGAAAACAAUUCAAUAAUUGUUAGUGCACUUGGUAUGGAGAGCGUGCCUGCUGACCUCGGUGUAGAAUUUUUAUACAAAAAUUUUAAUGGUGAAUUGAAGAAUGUUGACAUAUACAUGAAACUUUAUAGCAGUUUGUAUGUAUUAACUAAUAGCGCAUUGAUACAUGAUGGUACUUGGAUAAGUGCUAUAUUACAUAUGGCUACUAAAAACCAACGAUUAUACUACCGAAAUCUAUUAGAUGAGUUAAUGGGAAUAACUAGAGUAAAACCAAAUGUUUCCAAGAUAUUACAUAGACGGCAAAUCAGUAUGCAAGUUGAUACCAAAGAAUGGUGUUUGGCUUUCCCAGAACCAGAUCAAGCUGUUAUUGCUAGAUCAGUGCAUCACGCCAAAACUAUAGAUAAUUUACCGUAUAAUUUUAAUGUUCGAAACUAUAUGGUUUUUGGUAGUUUAAUAUCAGCUAUUAUUGGUUUAUUCAUAUUUGUACUGUUAUCAAUCAUGGCUGCAUUUGAACCAAUUAGAAUUCUCCUUGUUCGGUAUCCAAAAUGGUUUUCAUUCGGGAUUGCUACAAAAACAGGCCCAAAUGAAAAACUCUUGGAAAAUUCACGCAUGUCAUUAACUUUGAUUGGUCAAGGAACAACAUCUGUCAAGCAUCCUACUGUAAAUCUUAAGAAAAUAACAUAUAAACAUAAUACUUCCACAAGACAAACUGUUAUUAAGGUCAAAGCUAAAAACCCAGGUUAUGGAUUUACUAGUAAAGCUGUUAUCUUGGGAGCUAUAACUAUAAUAAAAGAUCAAAUUAAUAUUCCUAAAGGGGGAGUUUUAACACCGGCUUCUGCAUUCCGUAAUACACAAUUUGUGAAACGUUUAAUGGAUCACGAUGCUGCAGUUUUUGAAAUUGAGUCUGAUUUAGUUACUUACUGAGAACAACAAAAAUUAUUUUAAGUCUAUUCUAUUGUUACAUCUAGCUGUUUUUAGUCUUUCAUUAUAUUCAAAAUGUAUUCCAUUAUAGUUUUCUUUAGAAAUGUUAAAAUUAAAUUGUUUUUGUUACAUAUCUGUGAUUGUUUUACCUAGUGUUCCAUAAUGUUAUGUAACUCUUUAUCUAACAAAAUUUAAAAUGUUUUAUUGUUUUUGUUAUUUUAUGUUUAUAAAUCAUACUGUAUCUUAUGACAUACAAGUACACCUACAUUUAGAAAAUGA